UGGGCGGGACGGUGCGAGCUUUGUGCAGCAACGGUCCAGCAGCCUUCCUUGUGCGCACAGCCUUGUGCGCAUGUUUUUGUUGUUUUGAUGUUGUAGCUGCGGCGCAGACCUUCAUCAGUGCAUGGGUUUGAUGCCCGACUGCAAGAAGUGAGAAUCUGCAAAAAAACAAAAAACAAAACCAAAAACAUUGAUAUCAGCCGUUCAGCUCGGGGACACAGAGACUCAGAGGCGACACCAUGGGCAAGGUGCAGGGGGGGAUGAAAUGUGUGAAAUAUCUGCUCUUCGUCUUCAACUUCAUCUUCUGGUUGUCAGGUUUGUUGGUGUUGGCCGUGGGACUCUGGCUCAGGUUUGACCCUGAAACUGUGGAGCUCUUGGCUGGAGAUGAGGCCCCCGACACCUUCUUUAUAGCCGUGUACAUCCUUCUUGGAGCUGGAGGACUGAUGAUGGUCGUUGGCUUCUUCGGUUGUUUUGGAGCUGUACGUGAAUCUCAGUGUCUUCUCAUGUCGUUCUUCGCCUGCCUCAUCAUCAUCUUUGGUGCAGAGAUUACUGCUGGUGUGUUUGGAUUCAUAAACAAGGACCAGAUUGUUGAGGAGGUGCAGAAGUUUUACACCAGCUCCAUCUCUGAGACCAACACUGCCAACGGCACUGCCAUAGCAACCAUUUACCACAAAACCUUGAAUUGUUGUGGUGGUUCAUCAUCAGAUGUGCCCAACGACCUGUGUGCAGAAUUCCCAAGUGACACCCCGGACUGUCUGUCUGCAAUUACAGACUUCUUCAAUGAGAAGUUGCACAUCAUUGGCUACAUUGGCAUCGCUAUAGCAGGCGUCAUGAUCCUGGGGAUGAUCUUCAGCAUGGUGCUGUGUUGUGCCAUCAGGAACACCAGGGAGGUUAUAUAGAUGCUGACUUGACUCCUGACCCCAGCAUCCAGACCACUGCAAGCAUCAUAUGUGACCAAUCGAAUUAUAUUCACAGGAGUUUAUAGAAUCCAGACUAAAAUAGACAUGGGGGGGUGGGAGCUUUUAUAAAACAUGGUCUAAGUCUCACCCCUGCUUUAACCUUUGACCUAAGUCAUUUAAACCAAUUAAAAUCAGCUAACAAGUUACUGCCUGCUUAAAAAAAAAGAUUUUACUUUUUCAUUUUCAAAAUGUCAGCUUAGGUUGUUUCAUUUGAGUCAAUUGUUGAUAAUGGCUCUGGCAAAAAUGCAAUAUGGAACUGAAUUUAAAUUGUAUUUCCAUUUGUAGUUAUACCUGUCCUGAACACACCUACAAGCAAUUAGGGACCAAGUGGUACUGUGCCACCUACUGGUUACAUAAUGAACAUCAAACAUUUUUAACAUUAUACGUUUAAAAACCUUCAACUGAUGACGUACUGACGUUUUAUAGUAAACAGUUUGACGGUGUAGUAGUUAGCUUAUCUAGAUAAGGUUACCCAGACUAAAUGAUGUACACUAGAAUAAUCACAGUGAUGCCUUUAGUGUCCAAGGAAAAGUUUUAACGCAUUUUUGUGUGACGGUAAAGAGUUGCAUGGCACACCUUCAGCCACUAGAGUGCAGUGUCGUCUUGUAUUUAAAAGCUGUUUGGAAACUAUAAGCUGACCUUUUCAAAAAUACUGCAAUAAACAGACCCCCAAUUUUUUAAAAAUAGUUCUCUAAAGGUAUUUAAAAAACAUAUUUAAGGUUUUUUUAAGAGUUUGGUUCUAAAACAAAAUGGUCAAAUUCAAAUUCAUCUUAUCUUCAUAUAUUGCAAAAUAUCAGGAAAGAUAUUCUCUGUCAGAAAGAUACAGUUGGUGGCAGCUAUGCCACCAAAACAAUGCACUGCUGUUAUUAAAAUCCAAUAAAGAAGAAGAAGCAAGUCAAGGGUGCUGGCAGUAGUAGAAUUAGUUAAGUCAAGCCUCUGAGGCAGCAGUCCCCAACCUUUGGGCCAGGGACACCACCCCCAAUUAUGGAAGAAAAACGGUUUAACACAUAAUUUUUGGUAAACACCUGUUGCAACUUACGUGCCGAAGUGGUCAAACUAAGAUGUUUUAGGCAGAAUGUAGCCUGGAAAAACUCCUAAAUGUAAAUGUCAGGUGAACCACAAGAGCUAAAGUUUAAAUUGUGUUGAUUUAAGGUACCCCGUAAUGUAGUUGUAUAGUUUCCUGCAGUGAUUUAAUUUAAUAAAGCAACUGUAAUGUUGCAUUAGUUUGAUCACUGUAAAGUACACCGACACCGCAGAAUGAUCUCACAGACCAAGUUACAACAUGAUUAAUUUUCGUCAUCACAUCUCCUCAAUAGCACUGAGCACUGUGGAGCACUGAAGGUGAGCUCCACUCUUAUGUAACACAUAUUCCAUAUUUGACACAACCGUGUAACAUUUCCUGGUCAGAGCACCCUCUUCCACAGCGGCCACAACGAAGAUGCUGUUGCUGAGGAGUAUUUGCUGUAAAUACAAACACUGACUGUGUAGCUGCUUUUAACAUUAUUUAUUCCGUGAAUUUCAACCGUUUUUCCUUUAAAGACCUGAUGCCUUCGAAUAUGUGUGCUUAAUUGUUUUGAGGACUAGCUGACCUUUGCUGAUUCCGUUUCCAUAAUGUGCCUCUUUGGUCUCCAACUACUGAACUUUAUUGAGAAAAAUAAAAUUGCGUUAAUUCACGAGACUACAGUCGAAAUGUAUUCUCGUGAAGUUAAAUCUUCAGUACAUCUGACGUCAAGAUGGGUGAUCAACCUGAAAACAACAAUUGUCGUAAAUGUCGCAAAGUGUCGUAAAUUUACAAGAAAAAGCCGUAACGCUCUGACUUUUUCACGUAUAUGUACAACUUUAAUCUCGUAAUGGGCCUAACACUCUGUUUUAAUACACGUAUGCCUUGUCCUGUACAGAAAGACUGUGCCAACUGCCUGGCACCAGUCUGAAAGUAUUGCUACUUGUUAAAGCACAAUAGUGAAGGUUUGAGCCGUGAAGUCAACCACAGAGCGUCAGGGUCCGAUGAUAAACGUAAAUGUUCCAGAAAUCAUGUUUCAGAUUAGUUAACAUUUUGUCCUGAGCUUCUCCGGAGCAUGUGUGAAGUGUAACAGUAAGUUAGUUUUGCAUUUUGUGUGAUAAGUCUUGCUGGUGUGCCAAUAAGAUGUGAAUUUUGAAACAACAAUAAUAAUAGCGUACGUCACAUUGUUGAGCAUAAUAAAAAAAAUACAUGGGUGCUUUUA